GACAACCUUAAUUAGCAGGGUGCGCGAUACAUGCGAUACAGAUAGUAGCACCGUUAUAGCUACGGCGAGCUGUGAUGGCUUCCAAAGACAGCCCCGGAGGCGCUCAAAACGUCGACAACAGCAUCCGGAAGCUCAACACAGGCGCCGAGGUCUUGCGGCAGGAAGCACGCGCAAUGGAGCAGAUUUCAAAAGUUGAAGACGAACAGACUCAGCUGCGAACGAUGUCCUUGAUCUCCGAACAUCUCCAGCGGCCGGCGACGAUAAACUCGAUCGAGGUUCACGGAGCGAAGAAUACCAGAAAAUCGUUUCUUGAUCCGUUGUUUAGGGACCUGGUAGACAGCAGUCGAAAUGCCGGGACAACAUUGGGUGACGUCCUCGAAGGACUCCAGGCAGCCACGAACAAGCUGAACCGUUUCGAUAUUUUCAAACCCGAGCCGACUGUAUUCCUCUCCGACGCCCGACAUGCCGACCCCCAGGCCGCAGGGACAGACGUCGAUGUCUCGAUCCGCGUGGCCGAGAAGUCGCGCUUCAUCUUCAAGGCCGGCACCGACGUCGGGAACACCGAGGGCUCGGCGUACACCAACGCGCUAUGGCGCAACAUGUUCGGCGGCGCCGAGACGCUGUCGAUCAACGCCAGCGCCGGCACGCGCACGCGCUCCGCCUACAGCGCCGCCUUCUCGUCGCCCGUCGCCAGCAACCCGGACGUGCGCCUCGGGCUCGAGGGCCUCGCCUCCGCCACCCAGAAGCCCUGGGCCUCGCACGAGGAGGCCAUCCGCGGCGGCACGCUGCGCCUGGCCUGGCUGACCCCCGCCGGCAACUCGCACUCUCUGGCCUACUCGGCCGCCUGGAGACAGCUGACGGGCCUCGCGGCGGGCGCGUCGCCCACCGUCCGGGCCGACGCCGGCGACUCGGUCAAGAGUGCCGUCACCCACACCUUUUCCCGCGACCGCAGGGACAGCCCCAUGUUGCCGCAGAGCGGGUACCUGGUUCGCGCGACGUCGGAGCUGGCCGGCUGGGGCCCGCUGCAGGGCGACGUCUCGUUCGCAAAGUCAGAAAUCGAGCUGUCGGGGGCCGUCCCGGUCCCCUUUCCGGGAGUAGGCGACGGCAGCGGCCGGCCGGGCAUCUCGGUGGGGGGCGGGUUCCGUAUGGGGAUGCUGUACCCACUGGCCUUCGGGUACGGGACUGGGGGUUCCGUGCUGCCCAGCAGGAUCAACGACCGGUUCCAGCUGGGGGGGCCAACAGACGUGCGUGGUUUCAAGCUCGGUGGGCUGGGCCCUCACGACGGAGCUGAUGCGGUGGGCGGCGAUGUCUACGCGGCAGGUAGCGUGAAUGUGCUUCUCCCUCUGCCCCGUACGGGACCAUCUUCCCCGCUGCGGCUCCAGCUCUUUGCGAAUGGCGGCCGGUUGGCGGCACUGAAGAACAAGGGCAAGGGGAGGGAAGGCAAAGAGGGAUCGGCCAUGGAUUCUACGACGGUCAUGAAUGGGAUGGCCUCGGCGCUGGGGGAGCUGGCUAAUGGCCUUCCCAGUAUGGCGGCGGGUGUUGGCUUGGUGUAUGCACAUCCCGUUGCCCGGUUUGAGCUGAACUUCAGCUUGCCGCUGGUGUUGAGGAGAGGGGAGGAGGGAAGGAAGGGACUGCAGGUGGGAGUGGGCAUCAACUUCCUCUAAGAGCCGCCCGCCCAUGCCUCGGGGGUUAAUGUCACCGCAUAGAAUCAUGUAAAACAUUAGGUAUAAAAUAUCAAGGUAGUCCUAGCUCUGAGUGUAGCUUCGAUCUACUUUAAUUUCUACUGCUGGACAAAUGUCCAAUCAAGCUC